AAAGAUACGAUAUCAAAAAACGUUCAGUAUUUCGUGCGCUUUCGAAGAAUUAUGACGACAUCACUGCCUGAUAAGUCGAUGUCGCUUUCGCAUCAUAAUAAUGAGCACGAUUAUAGUAUCCAGCUGAAUCGCUGGUUCCUGAAACCAAUUGGCGCCUGGCCGGAAUCGCGUGCCACCACCACAUCUGAAAAACUCCUAUCGAGGAUCAUUCAGAUAACGUGUUACGUUCUCAUAGCCUUCACAAUAGUGCCUUGCAUGCUGUACUUCUACCUCGAGGAGCAGGAGCUUGACGUUAAGAUGAACUCAGUAGGUCCCGUGAGCCACUGGAUUAUGAAUGGGAUAAAUUAUUCUUCGUUGCUGUUGCGCGGCAAGGAUAUACGUCGUUGCAUCGAGCACAUGGAAAACGAUUGGUGCGCGAUGAAUAGAAUCGAGGAUCGCACGGUGAUGUUGAAAUACGCCAGGUUCGGCCGAUCCGUAGCCACCUUCUGCGCCGUCUUCAUGCACUGUGGCGUAUUCUCAUACAGCGUCGUAAAUAGUCUGUCGCCGAUGAUCACCAUAAUUGAUAAUCAGACCGUCAUAACGCGACGAUUACCUUGUCCAUUCUACAGCAAGCUUCUGGACAUCAAUCGCGCUCCGAUAAACGAGAUCGUAUUGGCGACGCAAUUUUUAUCCGGUUUCAUAGCAAACUCUAUCACGGUUGGUGCGUGCAGUCUUGCCGCGGUUCUCGCGACACACGCGUGCGGUCAAUUUGCCGUACUUUACUCAUGGUUGAGCGAACUGGUUGACGAAGAGAAGGAGAAACGAUAUAUUGAAUGCAAAUUGGCUAACAUAGUUGAGCAACAUCUGCGUAUAUUAAAUUUCUUGUCACGCUUCGAAAAAAUUAUGAAUCAAAUAUGUCUCGUGGAAGUAGUCGGAUGCACGUUGAAUUUAUGCUUGCUUGGUUAUUGUUCGCUUAAGGAAUGGAAUGCGAGAAAUACGAAGACUAUAGCAACGUAUGGUAUUUUGUUCGUAUCCAUGACCUUUAAUAUCUUUAUAUUUUGUUACAUAGGCGAACUAAUCACAGAACAGUGCAAGAAAGUAGGUGAAAUGGCUUAUUUUACUGAUUGGUAUCGUUUACCUCAUAAGACUGCUCUAGGCAUGGUACUGAUAAUAUCAAGAUCUAGUGCCGUGAUCAAAAUCACUGCCGGAAAAUUAAUUCAACUCUCUUUAAUAACGUUUGGCGAUGUGAGUAUAUUUCCAUAACAUCAAGUAUCACAUUUUCAUCUAAAAAUAAAAUUUUAUUAUUUCGUAUAUUACAUUCCUGCACAUUUAGCACACUGGUUUAUCUGAUUCAUGGGAAAGUUUGGAAUAAAUAAUAUCAAGCAUAUCAAAUUAAAACCUUUUCUGCAGAACUUAUUUAAUUUAAUCUACUUACAGGUGAUUAAAACAUCUGCAGCAUAUCUGAAUAUACU